AGCUUUAAAUAUGCUGUUCUCAGAUGUAAAGAUGAUUAGAUAACUUUGUUUUUGCACGCCAAUGCUUGAUAAAGCUUUAAAUACGGUAAUCAUGCCGUUUGGAAUUAAACUAAGAAGAACUGGCCGAUAUAUUCUGUCCCACAAAAAUUCCUUCCUGAUACGUGUUCAGUUACUGGACAACACAGCAAUGGAAUGUACGUUGACUGUGGAAAACACUGGCAUUGAUUGCUUGAACGCUGUUGCGCAACGUUUGGAGUUACGUGAGUUGCGAUACUUUGGGUUGAAAUACUUAAACAAACAGAUGAAAGCAAGAUGGGUAGAGUUAGACAAGCCAUUGAAAAAGCAAGUUGAUAAGAACUCCCACGAACCAAUACUUUUCUUUGGUGUCAUGUUUUAUGUGGCUAACAUCGACCGCCUGCAACACGAGAUUACAAGGUAUCUGUUUUACCUCCAGCUGAAAAACAAUGUAAUUGAUGGAGCCCUGCCAUGCAGCAAAAUUGAGGCUGUGGAACUUGCAAGUUAUAUGCUGCAAGCUGAGUUUGGCAACCACGAUCCAGACAUUCAUUCGAUCGAUUAUUUUCGGGAUUAUAUUUUGUUUCCUGAGUUCCUUACUCCAAAUGAUCCAACAUUAGACUCCCUCACACAACAAGCCAUCGAACAACAUGAGCGCCACAGAGGAUUGAACCCAUCAGAUGCAGAAUACAACUACAUACUUAAAGCUAUACAUCUAGAUGGGUUCAGUGAGGAUUUAUAUCCAGCCAAGAAUGGCUUCGGCAAUGAUGUUGAAGUUGGCUGUUCGUUUGCCGGCGUUAUCAUCAAGUCAAUACAACAAGACAUGGGAAGCCAUCGAAGUUUAAAUACAAUGACAGUGUGGAGAAGUUCAUGUCAUGAAUGGAACAAAGUGGAUAGCAUAUCCCACCCAUCUAAGAAUGUUAUCAGUAUUGAGAUACGGACAGAGAGCGCAGUGUCUCCGGUGCAUUUCCAACUGGAGGACGCCGAUACAGCUAAAUACGUGUGGAGAAUAUGCGAGGCAAGGCGCAAGUUUUACAUCCAGAAUAAAGACUCGUCAAGAAGAAUUUCACCGGAGUCUGCUGGCACGAAUCUUAUCCAGCGUCGACCAACGUUGAGGCGUCAUCCAGACAUGUCAUCCGAUGAAUUGAGUGAUCACCAAGUUGUUUCCGGGGAUUUUAUUUCAUCGCAAGAAAACCUCCAAACAUACAACGGUACAGAUGUAGGACGAUAUUACUCGUCACAAACUAGUCUCGACCACGCUUAUGUUUCACAGAACAGUUUGAACCAUCACCCACAAGAAGUGGGAUAUUCCAAUGGUAUAUUAGCGAGUGGCAGUAUGUACUCGUCACCAAGUAUUAACUCACUCACACAAACUCAACUCAGCCACCUCUCUCCUGCCACCAGCAAUCUUAGCAUCAGUAGUUCUGAUCGUCGCCUCGGUGUAAACCCUGUGAUGGUUUCCCAUGUGGGUAUUCCCCGCUACCGACCCUCCCCUGAUUAUGAGGUAGCAGUACGACAGCGUAGGAGGUAUAGUAGUUACUUGGAGAACAAGAAUGCAACUGCAAUGAACCAAGGCCAGCAACAACCCACUGGAAUAUCACAAGCGGUGAUGAAACCACGGCCCCAUUCUAUGAUCUACUCGCAACAAGAACUUGUCCACCAAGUAAUCCACGGCCCCAACUAUGCACAUUACCCCCAACAACACCCACCCCUAAACUACCGUCGCAGCCAGCCCCCCAUGGACCCCACCACGGGCUCCCAACCCCAUAUACAUUACGACGCAUCCCAUGAGUCCCUCCCCCCACCCCCCCAAACAACCACACCCUCCCACUCUCAGUUGCGACAUAUCGAACCAACCCGAAUGCCUCAUAACUUGGGAAGCACACCAGAACUCGCAAACACAAUCCAGCAGCAACAAGCUGCAAAACAUUUCUAUGUUUCGGAGAUGCAAUUAUACCGUCACUUCACGAAGCCCCCACCCCCCUACCAGGGUGCGGGAAGCGCCAGUACCCCAGAUCUAACAGAUUAUCGACCUAAUGGUUCGAUAUCUGCCAGCAGCCCUGAUCUACAACAAGGCUUCCCACAGCGACGCCACCAACCUCCACUGCCAACCGUUGAAUCAGGGAGUGAAGACUUCUACAAUGAACAGCAGAUCCGAGCACAUUUGAGCCACCCCCACCCACACAGUAGGAGUGGGCAGGCAUUACACCAGACACAAGGUUCCAACGAUGAUUCCACGAAUAGGAAGGAACAAUUGGCUCGUCAAGAAAAUGCUGUGUUGGCUUACUUGCAACGAGUUACGUACGAAGAACAACAACAGCAACAACAACAACAACAACAGAAACAACAACAACAACAACCGUAGAGAGGUUAAGAACAGCCCCCACCACCAAGUCCCAUCUCAUUUAACAGGUUCCAACCACAGUGGGGAUUCCCCUAAACAGAGCUUCUUCACCCCACCCCCACAGCAAGCAG